AUGCUGCCAAGUGCGCGCGGGCGGCGCUCCGGGCAGGGGCCUGGGCGCCGCGGCCGGCGGGGCGGGACCGGGCUGGCCGAGGAGGCGCGCGGGGCCGGGCGGGCGCGGGCCGCGGGCCGCGCAUGGGGCUGCGCAAUUAGGCUGCGCGCGCCGCGCGGGGCUCCAGCCGCCGCCGCGGGACGAGGGACGCGGGACGCGGGCGCUCCGGCACGGCGCCGUGUCCGGCCCCCGACCCGGCCCGUCGGCGCCUCACAUCGCGGCUCGCGGCGCUCCGGAGCCCGCGCGCUCGGGACCGCCGCGCGUCGCCGUGGGUCGUCGCCGAAGUCGCGGGCGCCCGGCGGACGCGUGUUUGGGGUGCGCGGCGGCGGGGCGGGCGCCGGGACCUGCUUGCUGACGCGAGGAGGAAACAAACUUUUGCUCGACUCCGCCGGCGCCGUCUCCGCCGCGCGCGCGGCAGCUCCUCUUAUAGCGCGUCCCUGCUCGGUCGCCCCCCUCGCGCGCCCUCCCCUCCCCCUGCCAGCUGACUCGGGCCCCUCCCGGAGCGCGGGCCUCGGCGCGGGCUCUCCGUCCCCGCGCCUCCUUUGUCUGGCCGCUGGCCCCGCCGGCCGCGCCGCUGGCGGUCACUUCCUGUGGCCGCCGCCCGGCCGAGGAGCGCCCCUUCGCCCGCGGUGGCAGGCCGGGACGACGGCGCCGCGCUCGCCGCGCUCCUCAGGUGCCCCCUCUGCGGACGUCCCGCCGGCGCGGCGCGCCCUCGGCCGGGGCCGGCGCCUGCCCGGGCCGCGAGCUCCUGGGCGGCCGGCCGAGGCCCGGGGCCGCGCGCUCCGUCCUGGCGCAGGCGGAGGCGCGGGCGGCGGCCGCGGACUUGGGCGAGCAACUUUCCGGUUCGGAAGCGGCGCCCGCCGCGCGGCUCCUCCCCCGCGCUGUCUCCCCGCCCCCCGGGCCCCCGCCCCGCCACCCGGCGGCCUAAAAUGGGGGGUGGGAGGGGAGGGGGAAGGGGAAGGGGAGGGGGCCGAGGGGCGGCCGCUCGCCUGCCCCCCUCCCCGCCCGGCCCCGGCCCGGAGCGCGUUCCAGGGGCUCCCGGCGCGCGUCCAGGGAGGUGCGGGGAGCCCGCGGCCGCGGCCCGCACAGGGCCGAGAACGGCAACCCCGGGCCCGGCCCCGGGCGGGAGCUUGGUGGCCACCGUCUUCCAGGGGCUGCGGAGGGUGACGUGGGGCAGUGCACUUCUGGGAGAAGAAUCGAGCCCCGGCUCCCAUGGCGCCCGGAGCCCUUCUCAGGAAGCGCGAACCCGGCUCGGCCCCGCAGCCCCGGCCCCGCGCGCCGUCGCCUCACUGGGCCACUGCCCGCGCUCCGGGCGCUCUCAGGGGCUCCAGGCCCACUCGGGCCCUUCCCCCGCCGGCCCUUCUCCCACAAACGGCCCCGCGCCCCCGGGAUUUUCUGGGGCUUCCAAAUGCGUUGUUAGUUUCGUUGACUUCCUUGCAUUUUCCGCGAGGUGCGGGCGUGGGGGGCAGUCUUCGGGUCGCUCCAGGGAGACGAAUCCGAGACCCCGGCCCUUCCUUCGCCAGGAGCCAGCCUCAGGGGGGCCGAGGCCUCGCACAGGUCCUGGUGCGAUUGUAAACGGGAAAGUGAAGCCGGCUGGUCCCCAGUGCAUUUGUGGGCACCGCGGGUCCCCUGAAGUGAGCGGGGCACGAACGCGAGGCGUGGGGCUCUCCACGAUCGCCCACGAGGCUGGGCGCUCUGGGUGAAGCUGUAGGCUCCGUGUGCCCUCGGCGCGGGCUGCGCUGGGGUUUCGUUGCGAAAAACGAGCAAAGGGAGACUGGGAGACGGUCCCGACGCAGAUUCCCCUCCACGAGAAGUAAACCCUGCGGUGCCCCCCUUUUUAAAUGACUUGGGUAAACAAAGCAAUUAAAAAAAAAACAAAAAACUUAAAGGUCGAAAACAAAAGGCACGCUCCUUCCUGACUUAACCUGCUUCCUCCCUCCUGGCUCCCUGCACUCAGAUCAGAAACUUUUAAUUGUUUGUAUUCAGUGCGGCAAGUUUUAAUGAAAACAUAUGUCUUCAGUUUGAAUCGCAACAAAAGAUUUAUUGCGAAGUGAUAACGUGUCAACGGAAUAUUUUCACAGAUGAGAGCCAGGUUCUGUCCCCCGGCUGUGCCCAGAUUAGAGAGAGAGGGGCUUCAAAGCUGCGCAGCCCGAGGUACCCCCGGCCCCGACCAGGUCCGUCACAUGACCAUCGUCUAUAAAAAUAUUGUAAUACCUACAUACUAUUGCAAAAACAAAAGUUGUUUUUCUUCCCUAUAAUUAAAUCUAAUUUGUUAAUUGUC